CACCAAAUUUAGGACUUAAAUUCAGUAUUUAAUUAGGUGAACAAGGCUGUAAGUUCAAAGUGCUAGGGCUCUCGCUCUCUCCCAAAAAAUGAGGGUGCCUGCUUCCUGAAUGGGAGUCGCUGCUGGGUGUUCCCAGUCUCUGUUAGUCUUCUAACUUCAAUUGUUUUUCUUCUCUUUCAUUGUAUAUACUAUCACCUCUUUCAUUGCCUUCCAUAUCAUGUUUCUUCGUUGUCCCUUUGGUAUCAAAACCCCAAAAAUAGUUUCUGUGUUGUUCCUUUUUCAACCUUCAUCAUAAACCCUAGAAUUCCUAUCUCAUGCUUUGAGCCCCUGAUUUUAGCAGUUUGCAGUGGGAUUUGGGUUCUGAAUCAAAUCAGAGAUCAUCUCAGACCCUUUCCCCAAAAGAGUAUCUUCAUCCCAAAGACUUUGAUCGGGUCAAUUGACAUUUGAUUGCAGUACUUUGAAGUUUCAUUUCAAGUCCAUAAUCCUCCCAACUCAUAUUGGCCUAUCAGAAAAGUAUAAAUCUCGGAGUUAGCCUAGGUGUCCUUCCCUUGGAAAUUUGGGCAACUGAAAAAGCUGGAUUGUGUAAAGGGAUACUGACGAUGUGGAUUCAUUCCUUGGUGUUCCAGGUUCUUUUUCCCUCUAUUUACCUGUUUCUGCAGAUGUUUAUGUGGUUUCAAUUUCAUAGAGGGAAAUCAUUUCUGAAGAGUUAUUUAUCAAUUAACCAUAGAUUAGUAGCAAUCAGGAUAUUAUUUCAUGAGCCUGGGGUAAUUUCCUUGAGUUAUGCUGUUAGAAUUGUUAGUAUUUUGUCUAAGAUGCUGUUGGGAAUAUUUCUAUUCAUUGAGAAAAUGUGUUUUUGCAAUUUUGGACAUUGUUUCUUCAUAUAUGAAGUAUGGAUGCAAAUGAAUUUCUAUGAUCUUUUGGGGGCAGAUGUAUGUAGGAGAACUGUCUUGUUUUGGAUUCUCAAUCCGAUAGCUCUUAUACAGUUAUACUUAUGACUAGCUAGAUUGGGAAGAUUGUUUUGAAGGGCUACAUUGAUGAUUAUGGAUCCCUGGAGAAUAGUUUAAAAUAUGCGAUUGGCUAUUUUGCAAAGGAUUUUGAUGAUUUAGGUUGUUCUUUUCAGAAAAGAAAAAAUAUUUGUUAUAUGGUUACUUGUCUACUUGAUGAUGGCAUGAGAUUAAUGGUGGCAAGGAGUUGUUUUAGGGCAAUUUGGAGUGGGUGUCUCAGCUGGGAGAGCUAUGGGUGCAUGGCAGCAAGAUCUUUAUCUGUCCAUGUCAUCAUAUACUUACUCUGGUGGCCUUUCUUUUCCUCCACUUUUCGUUUUCGUCAUAAGCAGAAAUGGAUUCCUUGUAUGCUACUGCUCCACUGUGGUCUCUCUACCCCUGCUCAAUUUGGUUUUUUCCUCUGUUUCACUAGUAUGAGGUCUCUCCUCGGAGGUGCUGUGUUGCUUUGCACAACUAGCUAGUCUCAACUUCUUAGUUCCUCUCUAUGGUGCUGUAUUUCAGAUGACUAAAGGUGAAGUAGAUGAUAUGUUCUUCAAACAAAGCCUAUUAUUAGGAGUAUGUACAGCUUCUGGUAGGAGCUCCCCCAUCCUCGUCUCCUUUUUGCAGGAUUUCAUCACGGUGUUUUGGUGUUUUGUUUUUGUUCCUGCUUUGUUCAAGUGCUAUUUUUCCCCUUCUGGUUCGUGCCCUUUGUCCAAGACUUUUGUAUGGAUCUUUUAUUUAGGCUAUAUAUAAGCAUGCUUGUUGGCCAAAAAAAAAAAAAGUCUUAAGUUCAUACGAAGCGUAGUCGUAUAUGGUUUGUGGCAAUAACCAUUUUCAUUUGUU